GCCGAGACCUGCAAGGAUCUUCAGAGCUUGAACAUAGGCUUUGUCCUUCUGAAGGGCCAAAGCGUUUCCGAAGUGCCAAAGUUUGUACGGAAGCUCCAGCAGCUGGGGAAGAAAGGCCCAGUGCAUGCGGUGGUUUGCGACAUGUCGCCUCUUCGAGUUCCACGGUCCUGGACCGCAGGAGUUGCAAAAGCCUUGCAGAACCUGAAGGUGCCCUUGUUGCAGGUGGAUGCACACAAUGUGGUGCCGGUUUGGGAGGCCUCUGACAAGCAGGAGACUGGCGCACGCACCUUGCGCCCAAAGAUCACUAAGCGGCUGAAGGAGUUUCUGGUGGACUUCCCUUCUCUACGUAGGCACCCAACGGCACCCCUUGUUGGCAAGACCGGAGGCAUGCCCAAGGCCGUCCAGCUCAAGAGUCAGAUCAAGGCCAAAUUCCACGAGCUCGACGUCAACAAGGAUGGUUGCUUGUCUUUUGAGGAGCUGACUGUGUUUCUCGGCUGCUUGUCCACGAAGCUCACGGAGAAGGAAGUUCGUGAAAUCUUCAGGACCAUGGAUCGUAACAGAGACGAGAAGGUCCAGUUCGAUGAGUUUGUGGACUUCAUCUUUAGCAGCGAGAUGGACAAGAAUCCACGCUUGCGUGCGGAUGUGGAGGCAGCUGCAAAACGAAGCACGGACAACGUCGCACGCGUUGAAUCCGCGGCAGCCCGCGAAAGAUCUGAGCGACUGCGCGCCGAGAAGGGGGGCCGAGAGCGGCUCGGGCGCCUCACUGGGCGCUAUGCUUUCCGCUGGCAAGGCGACGCCGACGAGGCAGAGACAUUCGAGCUUGUCCUCCAGGAUUCUGGAAAAUUUGAAAGCAAGUACUUCUCGCAGCUGGAUGCGACUAUGACAGACACGCAGACAUGCUCUGGAGUCUGGGAAGUCUCAGCCACAGAGCGUGAGAUACUUCUCUACAAGGAGGGUGGCGGACCCGUGGAGCGUUGGGCGCUGGAUGCUCGUGGUGACCUGGAUGCUGGAAAGGAUUUUGCACUGUCGAAGCAGCGAAUGAUCCUGCGAGCGGAUGAUGACUGCUUAGCGUGA